AUGCGCGCAGAGGAGCAGAAAUCCAAAGGGAUAUGGCAAGAGCCGCUCGUUGAAGCGAGAAACUUGAGGAUGGAGAGGCUGAAGAAAAACACAAGGGAGGAAAUGGCGGCGUAUGCAAGCACGUCGGGUGAGGGAGACGUCAAGGGUAAGGGAGGGCAGAUAGAUUUGGUGGGUGAGAUGUCACCGAAUGACAAGAAAGUGCUGGAUGAAGCAGAGGAGAGACUUCGUCAAGAAACGGCGAACGAAACACCCGAAGGAAGGCAGAAGCGCGUGGCCAGAUUAAGAGCUGAGAAUGCGAGGAAGCGAGAGAAGUUGAAGACGGAAAUCUUGCAGAAGAACACCGAAUCAGUGCGAAGAAGCUGA